UUAACCUUUUAUUGUACCAUUUGAUUUUCAAUUUUCGAUUUUUGUAUAGUCCAAUGGAUGCAGGCAGCAGCGACGAAGACGUUCAUUUAGCAAUAUCAGUACACAACAAUGCCUCCCCAACCUCCGCCGCCAACCACCAUUCCCAAAAACUUCAACAUCUUCUACGGCCACCGCAAGACCACCCAAAAUCGCCCAACUGUCCGCGGCGGCUCUUUCUCCAAUCGCCAAACCCUCUACCCCAAUCAAAAUCACCAACGCGCCACCACCAAUUUUGAUCUCGAAAAAUGGAACCCAGAACAAUCUGUCUCCACUCCAUCACCACGACCCUCUCCAUCGGAACAUUACUUCUCCGUCGCCCAAACGCUCUCUCCCAUCGCCCGUUACAUCGUCGACUCCUUCCGAAAACACAAGCACUGGGGCCCACCGGUCGUCGCCGAUCUCAACAAGCUCCGCCGCGUAACCCCGAAGCUCGUUGCAGAGGUACUUAAAGUUCAGUCAGAUCCAGUUAUCUCCUCCAAGUUCUUCCAUUGGGCUGGAAAGCAAAAAGGGUAUAAACAUGAUUUCGCUAGCUAUAACGCCUUUUCUUAUUGCUUAAACAGAAACAACCAAUUCCGGGCAGCUGACCAGGUCCCGGAGCUGAUGAACAUGCAAGGUAAGCCUCCAACCGAGAAGCAAUUCGAAAUCUUAAUUAGAAUGCACUCUGAUGCUAACAGGGGUCUUAGGGUAUUCUACGUAUAUGAAAAAAUGAAGAAAUUCGGAGUAAAACCUAGGGUUUUCUUGUACAAUAGAAUCAUGGACACUCUUGUGAAAACCAACCACUUCGAUUUAUCCAUGUCUGUAUAUAACGAUUUUAAAAACGAUGGAUUAAUGGAAGAGGGAAUUACUUUCAUGAUCUUGAUAAAAGGAUUAUGUAAAGAAGGUCGAAUUGAAGAGGCCCUCAAGCUUCUGAACCAAAUGAGGAAAUUAUGUAAACCCGAUGUGUUUGCUUACACUGCCAUGAUCAGAAUCUUGAUUUCAGAACAAAAUCUUGACGGGUGUUUGAGGAUUUGGGGAGAAAUGGAGAGUGAUAAUGUCCAGCCUGAUGCUAUGGCUUACACAACCUUAAUUAUGGGAUUAUGUAAAGGAAAUCGAGUCCAAAAGGGUUAUGAAUUCUUUAAAGAUAUGAAACAAAAUCGGUAUUUGAUCGAUAGAGCUAUUUACAGAUCUUUGAUAGAAGGAUUUGUGAAUGAAGGGAAAAUUGGAAUGGCUUGUGAUUUGUUAAAAGAUUUAAUUGAUUCGGGUUAUAGAGCCGAUUUGAUGAUAUAUAAUCAUCUUAUAAAAGGAUUAUGCAACAUGAAACAUGUUAAUAAAGCUCUUAAACUUUUCCGUGUUACAAUCGAAGAAGAUCUACAACCCAAUUUCGAUACUGUUAAUCCGAUAUUACUUUCAUAUGUUGAAUUGAACAAAUUCGAUGAAUUUUGCAAGUUUCUUGAACAGAUUCAGGGUUUAGGGUUUAGAGUUAUGGAUGAUCUUGUGAAAUUCUUCUCAUUAUUGGUAGAAAAGAAAGAUAAAGUCUUAAUGGCUUUAGAAGUUUUUGAUAACUUAAAACAAAAAGGUUAUUUCAAUGUUCCAAUUUACAAUAUUCUCAUUCAUGCACUUUAUGAGAUUAAAGAGGUUAAAAAGGCGUUAACUUUAUUUCAAGAAUUAAUGGAAUCGAAUAUGGAGCCGGAUUCUUUCACUUAUAGCAAUGUAGUUUCGUGCUUUAUUGAAAUCGGUGAUAUUCAUCAAGCGUGUACGUGUUACAAUAAAAUAAAGGAAAUGUCUUUAUUACCCUCGGUUGAUGCCUACGUGUCAUUGGUUAAAGGGCUUUGUAAAAUUGGUGAAAUCGAUGCAGCGUUUGUACUUAUUCGUGAAUGUUUAGGUAAUGUCGAAAAUGCCCCUCGAAAGUUUAUGUAUACUUUAAGAAUUAUUGAUAUGUGUAGAUCAAAUGAUGCUAAAAAGGUGAUGGAUGUUAUUAGUGAGAUGGUGGAAGAUGGUUGUAGGGUUGAUGAUGUGAUAUGUUGUGCGGUGAUUUCGGGUAUGUGUAGAUAUGGAACAAUUGAGGAGGGUAGAAAAGUCUUUUUGCUUAUGAGAGAGAGUAAGAUGGUUACCAAGUCGGAUUUGGUUGUGUAUGAUGACUUGCUUGUUGACCAUACGAAAAAGAAGACAGCCGAUUUAGUGCUUUCUGGUUUGAAGUUUUUUGGGCUUGAAUCAAAGUUGAAAGCCAAGGGGUCUAAACUUUUGCCAAGUUAACGAAAUUAGUAUGUGCAAAAGACAUAAAUGCCCUUCUCAUAUUGUAAUUUAACAACUCUUCUAGCUAAAUGAGCAAAAGUCUUUGAAUCUUGUGCA